AUGGUUGAUGGUGUACCAAGAGUCCCGUACAUGAUUGCAUGGAUUGUCAUCAUUAUAGGUUUUCCUUUGACCUUGUUGGCCAUCUAUGCUUUGUAUUCACUGGUAUGUUGAGAAUUUUCUACUACCUUGCCUGUAGAAAGUUUCAGUUUCAGAAAUAUUUCAGUUGUUUUCCAGAAUAGUGUGCACAUGGAUUUUAUACUGGACGUAUUUUAAUGUAAUAUUUUGAACUUCCACUGGUCUUUCUGUAAAGUUUGGAGUGUUGAUGGUCAAAAAUGAAACGAUUAAACAUUCCCUGCAAUCUUCUCAAUCUGCUUCUCAACCUAUAGGUGCAAGACAACCAUGUUGCACCAGUUUAUGUCAUCAACCUCCUGAUCUCUGACCUCAUCCAGAUGUGUUGCUUUGUGACAUGGGUUGCAGUACGUUGGAUUGAAAUUGUCGUCUAUGUCUCUAAAUGUAUCCACUUCAUUGGCGUGAUGGCAAGUGUUGGCUUCAUGGUGUGUGUUUCCCUGGAGAGGUAUGUAGUGUUUGCAUUGGAAUAUCUAGACUCCACAUUAAACAAAAUAAACCAGUGACAGAUAUUCUGACCAGCAAAUGCUCAACCAUGUCCUUUACAGGUAUUUGGUGGUUGCUCGCCCCCUGUGGUAUCGCUUCAAAUGGACCAUAAAGUUCUCUGUUGCUGUGUCCAUCAUGACUUGGGCAAUAAGUGUCAUGGACUUACUGUUCAGAGUGCUAACCUUUAACUCCUAUCCCUCAAAGAUUUUUCACUCCUUCUUACUUCUCUUUCCUUUCCCCCUGCUCAUCUUCUUCUUGGUUGGAACGCUCAGAGCCCUGUCUGCUGCCAAUUCAGUACCUAUCACUGAAAAACGGCGAAUCGUUGGAAUUUUAGUCUCGGUCCUGUUGAACUACACAAUACUUUUUUUGCCCUGGAUUAUUUGGCUCACUGCAUUCUCAUCCCCUGACUCCAUCCCAAACCCUGACAGCGAAGGUAUUUGUUUAUCAUUUCUUCUGUUCAGUCCCCUUGCUGACCUGAUUCUGUAUAUUUUCAUGAGGAAAGGGGCAAUAGACAAGCUACUGGCUCAUCUAUGUAGCUGCAAAAUGGCAGAGGAACAACAAGGCCAGGUCACCACAGCAAAUGAUAGAACUGAAGAAGAGGUCAGCCCUGUGUAG